UGCAUGCACGUCUUCUUCUGAUGACACUAGAGCCUCCAUUUGCUCAUCAUUUGCGUGUUCGAAUUCAGAAGCUUGAUCGGACUCGCUUGGCGUUGAAGAGUGUCGGCACUCUGCAGCUGCAGGGCGGUGUAUUCCGUGCUCUUUCAGAUGUCUUCUGAUUGUGCGUUCACUUAAACGCGAUCUUCCGCGGCACACUGAACACAAGCAGAAUUCUUUUCCGUCAUCCAUAACGCGUUCGUGAUCCUCACCUGUUGAAAUAAGAAAUUCCGCGUUUAUCCAAACUUAUUAAUUUAUUUCAAAUGCAACAUCACUAUGUCUUAGUGACACGUGCACACUGCGUGAUUACAUGCACUCCUCUCAAUCAUUUGGCACUAGGAGAAGCUCUUGAACAUGUAUCUUCAUUAAUUAAGAUUGAUGCCCCCGUUCAGUUCAUGCAAAUGUAAGCCGUAGACAAACGCUCUAGAGACCAACGGUUUGAUAAACCCGUCAAUCAUGAUCAGGUACCACCCAUGGGAGGGGCUACGCAGGAUACAAUCGAGUUGAUAGGCGUAGAGCUGUCAUUAUACGCUUUCUGCCAGGAAUCAUGGAUGGACCACCUGAGUUGAUGAAAGGAACGAGAGAACGCUUACGAUACAGGGCAGAAAUUAGAUUGGCGGCGGAUAGCCUUGGCAAGACCUGCUCUAGAGCAGACUUACAAAAGGCUUCUAAGGAGGUUGUCAAAGUCUACUCUAGAGUAGGUCUUGCCCAGGUUAUGGGAGACAUGAGGGAGAGAAUAAAACGGCGUGAGUAUGACAGAGAACGAAGACCUCGUCCUUCGACAGCAAAUUCCGCCACAAGCUCGAGAUCGUCUCAGCACUCUAGAUCUGAUCCAUCUCUGCAAGAACAGCUCCAGCCAGUUGGUGGUCAAGACGUAGAUUUCGAACACCUGCAGCUGUCGCCAACUGCAACCUGUGAAACUAUUUAUACAGGUGAAAUAGAUUAUGCAGAGCUGGCGACAGCUGCAGGGACUGUAGCAACUCCAAGACAACAGGUGCUGCUGUUGCACCAUGAGACGCGCUGUCCGGUGGCUCUGGGGUUUCCAGCUGACAACUUCCAAAUGAUAGGUAUUCUACAAAUGGAUACUCUAGUAUAG